CUGAGAGUGGAGAGAAUGUUACCCCUCCUGACUCUAGGAGUCUUGGUGGCCGGCUUCUGCCCUGCUCUCCUCUGGCACCCCAGCAGCGCACUUGGCCAGGAGGCUCUGACCCAGGAGGACCAAGAAAAUGGGAUGCAUGUGGACAAGCUCACAUCCGCCUCCAGCAGCAUGAACUUUGCCUUCAUCCUUUACAAGCAGUUGGCUUUGAAAAACCCUGAUAAGAAUAUCAUCUUCUCCCCACUGGGUGUCUCCUCAGCCUUGGCCUUCCUAUCCCUGGGGGCCCGCAGCACCACCCUGACAGAGCUUUUCCAAGGCCUCAAGUUCAACCUCACAGAGACCUCAGAGGCAGAAAUCCACCAGAGCUUUCAGCACCUCCUGCACACCCUUAUCCGGCCCAGUGAACAGCUGCAGCUGAACGUGGGCAAUGCCAUGUUCAUCAAAGAGCAGCUGAAACUGCUUGAGAAGUUCAGGGAGGACGCCAAGGAGCUGUACACCUCCCAGGCCUUAGAGACCAACUUCCAGGACUUUGCUGCUGCCAAGAAGUUCAUCAAUGACUACGUGGAGAAGAAAACUCGAGGGAAAAUUGUAGAUCUGGUCAAAGACAUUAACUCACCAACAGAGAUGAUGCUGGUGAAUUACAUCUUCUUUAAAGCCAAGUGGAAGACACCCUUUGACCCCCGUGAAACUUUUACAUCAAGAUUCUACUUGAGCAACAACAAGUGGAUACGUGUACCCAUCAUGAGAAGUAUAGACCUGGCCACGCCUUACUUUCGGGACGAGGCACUGUCCUGCACGGUAGUAGAACUGAUGUAUUCGGGCAAUGCCAGCGCACUCUUCAUCCUCCCUGAUGAGGGCAAGAUGAAGGACAUAGAAGCCAAAUUGCUCCCAGAGACCCUGAGGAGGUGGAGAGCCUCACUAAAAACCAGAAUUAUAGAUGCGGUCUAUCUACCAAAGUUUUCCAUCUCGGGUGACUAUAAUCUGAAAAAAGUACUUGUCGAUCUGGGCAUUAAGAAAGUCUUCACCAGAGAGGCUGACUUGUCAGGGAUCACAGGUGCCAAGAACCUGGUGCUCUCCGAGGUAGUCCACAAGGCCAUGCUGGAUGUGGCUGAGAAGGGCACAGAAGCAGCUGUUAGCCCAGGAGGGAAAAUUGUCUUUUUAAAUGUAAAACCAAACCCAAUUAUUGUAAACUUCAAUAGGCCCUUUCUGAUGGUCAUUACUGACAAAGACCCAGAACAAAUCUUAUUUAUAGGCAAAGUCACCAACCCCAAACAAGCUCCUCCUCUGCAAGCUGCAGAGUCCCAUUAA